CAUUUUUGCUGUGACUGGGGACAUUUCAGUACCAAUAGACUUUAGCUCAAAGUACCAGUAGACAGAGAAAUUAAGAUGGAUAAGGCAAACUCAUUUGUGGAUGACUUGCUAGGAAACACAGAACAACAAAGAGAUCAGAUUAAAUGUGUUUGUGAAAAUGAAGCAAGAUACUACUGCCAUGAAUGCAGAAGAUACCUGUGCACCAAUUGUAGUGACCAUCAUACCAAAUAUCCACUGAUGGAAAAUCACAAGCUACAAACAUUAGGUGAUAUGCAAUCAAAAGCUCCAAAUGACGAUCUGUCAGUGUUACAGCCUCUGAUGUGUUCUACUCAUAAUAAAACUUUGAAAUUUUUCUGUGAACAAAGAAAACAUCCAAUAUGCGAAGAGUGCAUAAAUGCUAACCAAAACCCUAUCCCAAUUUCAGAGGCUUUUGAAGAGUUUAAAAUAAGCGCUACAGAAUUGAAAGAAAAUGCCAAAGAUUUUAUAGAUAACUUACAAAGAGGUGUUAAUGGAGUUCGUCAGACUGAUACCAAAUUAGAAGAAAGUAAAGAAACCUGUUUAAAAGAUAUUGAUGAUAUUGUACAAGAACUAAUCAAUAAAAUCAAUGAAAAUAAGGAUGACAUGAAAAAUAAAGUACAAACAAUCUACAAAAAUAAAAAAAGGGUACUCAAUAUGCAAAUUUCUGAAUUGACAACAAAAAUAUCUGAUGUAAAAAAACCACUGGCACGUCUUAAUAUGCUUUUAAAGGGUGAUAAAACUAAAGCUAUGCAUUUGAGUAAUAGAGUAUAUGAAGGACUGAUAGAAAAACUUGAUAGAUCAACCUACACAAAGCCAAAUGAUGAUGGAAAAAUUUACUUCUUCAAAGACAUUUCUUCACUGCAGUGGCAAUGCAAUAUUGGAAAUGUAACAGAAACAAUGGCAGAUCAUCUAGCAUUAAAAGGAGGAGAAGAUGUGACCCAAGGUCAGCCAAUUGUUGUCAAAGUAUGCAAAACUGAUGAAUAUGAAAUAGAUGCUAACUACAUGAGGGCAACAUGGACACAGCCAACAGGAGAAACCACUAUCACUCAAGUUGAAGAAGAUGGCAAUGGAGGUCAUGUUGUUACAGGAAAAUGCACAAGCCCAGGUGUUUGCACACUUGAUGUGAGUGUUGACAGUAAACCAAUUAGACAGUCACCAAUGAGGAUAAAAGUAAUUAAGGAAGGACUGAUACAUACUAUUAAAAUAGAAGAAGUCACUGUUUCAGAUGUAGUUUUCUAUGAUGACAAUCGCAUGCUUGUUUCUUGUCAGACAAAAGACAUUUUCAGGUACAAGCAAUCAGGAGAAUAUAUUGAAAAGGUUACUUUAUCAGAAGGUGUAAAAGUUAACAGAAUGUACAAAAUAAAAAAUGGGGGCUUAGCAUUUAGUGAUUGUGGUAAUAAAUGUAUCGCAUUAAUUGAUAUGAAUGAUCAGGUGGUUAAAUCAAUUGGUCAGGGAAAACUGACAAAUCCCAAGGGUCUCCAUGUAGAUGAGUCUAAUGUGUAUGUAGCAGAUUGGAAUUGUAUCUUUGUGUUCAACAUUGAUAAUGGCCAAGUUAUCCGGCGUAUACAGCAAGAACGUAAUGUCCCUGAUAUUACUCUUACCAAAGGAGGAAAUGUGAUUGUAUUAUAUGAUCAGAAUAGUAAUUUCACAUAUUACAACAAUACAAAAGAGCAAUGUAUAAUACAAGCACUUGAUAAUGAGUUUAAGUUUCUUAAAAACAUUGUCAAAGCAGAUAGGAUGUGGAAGCCACGUGGAGUUAAAGUGGAUGCGGAUGACAACAUCAUUAUAGCCAGUGAACACAAAUUGGAGCUAUUCAGUAUUGAUGGAAUUUUCAUCAAAAGAAUUGAUAAAGAAGAUGAUGGAAUUAACAUUCCAUGGGUAUUGUCUAUUGCAAAUUAUCCCCGGAGAGUUAUAGUAGCAAACAAAGGAAAUACAACAAUACAAAUAUACAAUUAUUAAUUGUCAUAGAAAAUAUUGGCAACUUGGUUGUAUAAAAUUUUGAUAGCUACUUGGUUAUGAAAUGUUUGCAAAAAGUUGGUAUACCAAAUGUUGGUAUCUUUGUUGUAAAAUGUUGGUUUGGUUUUAUAAAAUGACGGUAGCUUUGGUUAUGUUUUUGUGUAUGCAAGUAGUUAACUUGGAUGGCCAUGGCUAAAAGACAGCAGCUUUCUCCAUGGUACAGUAUGAAUUAUUGGCAGCAAGUUGUGUGCCAAAAAGCUGGUAUCUUUGUUAACGUAAGUAACUUGAUACUAAUAAAAUGUUGCUAGCUUGGUUGUGUUUUGUAUUUGUAAAAUUUGGUGUACCAAUUAGAGUUAAAUUGGAGGUAAGUUUGCAUCAAUUUGGUGUACCAGUGUUGAUAACCUUGUAAUGUAUAAUAUGUUGAGUGUAAUGUACAAAAUGUUGAAAGGUUGUUUUUAAACAAUGGCGAGGUUGUAAAAUUUGUUGGAGAUUGUGAAAUCAAAUGUUGGUAAAUUAGUUGAAUAAAAUUUGGUGGUUCACAACUUUAAUGUAUAAAACGUUGUUUUUAAAAAUAUAUUGUUUUUCUGUUGAAUGUAAGUUGAUGAAACAAAAAAUUUGCAGGUGCAAAACUAGUACCUAAAUUAGGGAAACACCUCAAUUAAGGGAUUAGGACCACCAUAAUUAUAAUUAUAUUCAAUAUACUCAUAGUUUUAAAGGACAAGCUUAAGUCCAUUUUGAAGGUAUCAUAACUACACUUGAUGAUUUGCAUAGCAUAGCAACAUACUGAAGAAGACAAUUCAUUCACUCAAUAAAUUGCAUUAAUUCAUGUAAAGUUUGGUAUAGCUAAGCAAUAAUAAAAUAAUAAUAAUAAUAAUAAAAUCAAAGUCUUUAUAUAUAACAUAUGGUAAUACAAUAAUGUUAACUCUAUGUGCUUAAUAUUUACAAUGUUCUACUUUCUACUCUAAUCUACAAGAUGUCUAUCUUAAGAGGAUAUCUGUGUUGAUCUUUGAAGUUUUUUUUGUCUCGGUACAUGGAACAUGAGAGCAAACUGUUUAAUCAAUUUAUCAAUGAAUAAAUACAGGUGGAUAAAGGUAUUCUAAAUUCAAUUUGUGUAAUUCUGAUUACAUACUAUACUAAUUCCUUAGUUGCUGUAUAUCUUGUACAGAAAGCGACCUUUGUAAUCAUGUUUCUGAUAAGUCUGCAAAUUUAUUGUAUUCAGAUUCAGUGAGU